UGUGAUAAGCGGUUGUGUUUGGAAGAUGAAAAUCCUAUCGUUGGUUUUAUUUCUCGUCGUCGGAAAGUGUAAGGCAACGGGAAUGCAGGACAGUUUUCUAACGAUCGAUAUGAACGAUAUUCUGGAUGAAAAGUUCAUGCCGGCGAGUUUCCUCAUGCUGCAAGGUUCUGAAGAACUAUCGAUGGAGAGCCGAUUGGAGCCAAAACAAAAACGUAUUCUGAAUAGCUUGUUCAAUGUUACCCAAGAUGAUGGCACAUUUGGAACCGCAUUUUCUACAAUGGGAUUUCAUAGAAAAAUGAUAAACAAGUAUCGUUGCAACGGGUUUCUGGCAAAACAAUUAAUAUCCGAAAUAAUACCGGUUACACUCAGUAUCUCUAAAAGAUUCGGAACUAGUCCCACGAUGUCCGAAAAUAGCAGUCAAACUUCAAAGGAUGCGAUGCUGUUCGAUCAAGGUUCAUCGGGAUACAAGGAUUGGCUGUCCAAGUCAACCACUCUCGAGGACAUUCACCGCAACUACCUGUCACCGUCGACUUCACCAUCCAACACAACAAAUCACGCCAACCAUCGUUCGGAUUCAUUCCAACCUUCGAACCCCCGAGUAUCGGACGAGGAUGAGUACUUCGACGAGGGCGUCAUAACUGGUUACGCCAUCCAGCAACCCGAUCCGCAACAACCGAUCAAUCACGCUUAUCCUAAUUAUCAUACCAUGGGUUACAACCCGUACCAAUUCGGGGCUCACCAUAGACUGUCUUAUGCUCCCAAGCUCUAUCAGCAUCCUAGAUCAGAUCAGUUACACCCGAGCAGAGCAUCCCAUCAACAAGAACUUCUGAAGGGUGAAGCCCCGCAGAAUGCGGCACGUGGCGAUUACUCCUACCACCCGGCUAUCGAAAUCGAGGAAAAGGGCAUCGGAAAGGGACUCGAUCUGAAGGAUCUAUUUGACAUCGCUCUGACGACGUUGGCCUUUCUGUCAUUUGGAAUGUUCAUUCUGCAGGUGAUUAUGUGCGUCACAAUGACAAGUAACGACGCCAAUAUGAUGGUGAUUCCAAUGGAGGGGGAUAUCGAUGGUGGCGGGGAGACUGAAGUCAGGAGGAAGCGGACUGUCCGAUCUAUUCCUAGCAUCGAAGGGGCGCGAAGACGAGAGAUCAACGAGAUCGCUCGCAAGGUGCUGGAUUCGAUGGACGCCGCAGUGUUUGCGAGGGAAGAUAACGGAGAGUGCGUUCAGAGCGUUAUUUGCGAGAGCAGCGGCCUAUCGAGGGACCUGAAGUACACCAAGUCUUAUUGGGUUUCUGUGUGGAACUUAGGCGUAAGUUGGCUCACUGGAAACAUGGUUGGAAAAGACGCUAGUUCAGGGUCCAUCAUGGGAUGUUUGAGGGCGAUGGUAAUCGGUUUAGGCGGAGGGCGGUGCAAUGAAGCGUAUAACUGCAGGAAAAAUCACCAACAGAAAACAAGGAAAUCUAUAGCGUGAAGAGAAUAAUGUCUAUCAGAGAUAUAAACGAAACUUAUGAAAAGUUUUUAAAUCCCAGUCUUCGUUGUAAACUAAAAGAUGGAAUCUAAUAACAGACAUAUCUGAA